CUGGUGUAUUUUGGGACCUGUGGACCGGUCAAUGAGCUGUGCACAAAAGAAAGCUGAGGUCGUUGUCACAUGCGCAACUUGGCUCCUGGCAAACACCGCCUCCAAAAAGCCUCACGGGUUGUUGGCUUGGCUCACAGGACUCUGUCUUGGCAGCGAAGGAGAGCAAGAAGAAGUUGGCUAUUCUCAAGGUAUGCGAGGCUCAAUGAACCGUUGAGAUUUAUGCAGAGCGACGCAGCGCUUUUCCGUGCGUCAAAUGGGUGCGGUAUACACAUGUUGCUUCUGGGGCUUAGAAGGCAAUGACACGGAGGAAAAGAAUGCGAUUUUACGUCAUGAAUCCUUUAACUACCAAGAACUUCCAGCACCGAGCCUGAAUGGCGACUCCCGGCUCAGUGUGUCCAGCAACAUGAACCUGUCUCAGGAGUUCCUGUCGGGCCCAGGGACGGAUCCGGACAGACCCCUGUGGAGCACCCCCAGGAACUCCACCCCCAAUAACACGGAACCGGAGUCCGACGACGAACUCCAGGCCUUCAUCACGAUGAGGAACCAGUCAGAUAAGGCAUCAGAGGAGUGGGAACAGCUGAACUAUGACAUCCACACGCUGAAGUGUGCCCGGCGGGAGGUCACCACUAGGUGGAAGAAGAUCCUGCUAAUGCUGGGCUACCAGCGGGAGGUGGACGCCCUGCUCUCCGUGAACAGACAGACGGCGCUGCUGGAGUCGGAGAACGUGGACAAGGCUCGAGAGCUGCUGCAGACCUUAUGGGAGGAGUCUGGACUCUUCCCACCAGGCCUCACAGCCAACGACAGAUACGUCUUCGUCAUGGAUCGCCUGAUCUCCCUGGACAGCGCAGAUGAGUUUGUUCGAGUAGCCAAGGAGAAGUAUCCAAAAGCACCAGAAUGAGCGAGCGAGAGAGAGAGAGAGAGAGAUACUGUGAACAAAUCGUAUGAUAUGGCUGCAUGUCUCGAUGAAUGAUGUUACACUGCCCCCUGUUGGUAGAGGGUGUGAACUGAAUGUACCAGUCAAAUCUUUUUGACAUGACUGUAUAUUAUGAUUUUACUGAAUGGUGGCUCAUUGCACAAUGUAAAG